AUGAGCCAGCCACUUAAAGCUGCUAUCCUCAUCAUCUCUACAAGCGUCUCCGAGGGCUUGGCCCAGGACAGCUCCGAAGGGACCCUCAGAUCCGUUUUCGAAGAGGAAGAGGCUGGCCGGUGGGAUGUCGUCGAUGUCAAGAUUGUGUCGGACGACAUUGAGCAGAUACAAGGGCAAAUUAAAGCAUGGACUGAUAGCGACGCCGGCAACAUCAACCUGAUCAUCACCACGGGAGGCACGGGUUUUACCAUGGCGGACCAGACACCAGAGGCCAUCUCGCCUCUCAUACACAAGCACGCACCGGGCCUCGUCCACGGUAUGCUAGCUGCAUCGCUGAGUGUAACUCCUUUUGCCAUGAUGUCACGACCAGUGGCCGGAGUAAGGAAUAAAACCGUCAUCAUAACUGUCCCGGGCUCCCCAAAGGGAGCUAAGGAAAACCUUCAAGCUGUUAUUAAAACAGUUCCUCAUGCCUGUCUUCAGGUUGCAGGUGGUGAUUCUCGAACUCUUCACGCCGGCGGAGUGAAGAAGCUUGAGAAAGAUGCCGGGAUCAAUCCAAUAGACCACUCGCACUCGCACGGUCAUGCACAUGGACACGGCGCACUUGUCAGACAUACAAAAUCCGGCGAGAACCCGAUGUCGAACGACCCCAGUCUCGGCCCUACAAGGAGGCACAGAUCCUCGCCAUAUCCCAUGCUGGAUGUCCAAGAAGCAUUGUCCCUGAUCAACGAGCACUCUCCAGCGCCCGUGGUCAUCUCAUCUAAGGUUGACUCGGAUCUUGUCGGCGCUAUUCUGGCAGAGGAUGUCAAGGCCACAGAAAACGUGCCUGCCUUCCGCGCCAGCAUUGUUGACGGAUAUGCUGUUGUUGUUCCUGACGACGGCAACAUGAAGGGGGUAUUCCCCGUCACUUCCGUCUCCCAUGCCGCUCCUGGCGAAGCCCCCGCACUGAAGGAGGGCGAGAUCGCAAGGAUCACAACGGGUGCUCCCUUACCGCCAGGUGCCAAUUCUGUGGUCAUGGUUGAGGACACCGUCCUUAAGACCAUGACUGAUGACGGCUUGGAAGAAAAAGAGGUCGAGAUUCUGGCCGAUGGAGUGAAGAAGGGUGAAAACAUUCGGGAGAUUGGCAGUGACACCAGGGAGGGGACCGUCAUUCUUCGGAGGGGAGAACAAGUAUCUGCGGUCGGCGGCGAGAUUGGCCUCCUGGCUGCUGUCGGGACAGCCACUGUCAAGACAUACCGUCGACCUGUGAUCGGCGUGCUGUCAACCGGAGAUGAGAUUGUCAACCAUGAUCGGCCUGGCAGCCUGCGCUUGGGAGAGGUGCGAGACACCAACAGACCUACCCUUAUAGCAGCAGCCAGAGAUUGUGGCUACGAAGUUAUCGACCUGGGAAUUGCCAGCGACAAGCCCGGUACUCUGGAAGCAACCCUGAGAAAUGGAAUGCGACAGGCAGACGUUCUCAUCACGACAGGAGGGGUGUCCAUGGGAGAGCUUGAUCUUUUGAAACCGACCAUCGAGAGGUCGCUCGGCGGGACGAUCCAUUUCGGCCGGGUGAACAUGAAGCCUGGAAAGCCCACGACGUUCGCCACCGUGCCAGUUAAGAACAACGAGGGCGAGCGUGUUUCGAAGGUGGUCUUCUCUCUUCCAGGCAAUCCUGCUUCGGCUCUGGUCACGUUCCAUCUCUUCGUCCUUCCCUCUUUGCACGCCAUGUCAGGAGUAUCGCCCGUCGGGCUGACCAAAGUCUCGGUCACGUUGUCGCACGAUUUCAGCCUGGACCCAGGAAGGCCAGAAUACCACCGUUCCAUCGUGACUGUCAACAACCAUGGUGGUCUCUCGGCAGCCAGCACCGGAGGACAGCGGAGUUCUCGAGUCGGGAGUCUGAAAGGGGCGAAUGCUCUUCUCUGUAUGCCAAAGGGUACUGAGCCUCUGCCAAAAGGCACCAUUGUGGAGGCUCUACUGAUGAGCAAUGUGAGGCUAGGCCUUUCAUGA